AUGGGCAUUCAGGCACGCUCUUGUAUUCUAUCUUCCUUCGCAUCAUUUUCAAUGAACCGCGCUCUAUGCCUCCUCAAGAUCCUGGGACAAAUCAACAAUCACCUAUACGGGGACUUACGUGCCUUAGCGGCCGUCAUCCGAGUUAAUCAUACAUGGUUUGCUUGUGGAAUCAAUAUUCUUUGGCAGGCUCCUCCGUGCCGUGCUCUGGCAAACAUCACUAAAGAUCGUCGUCAGCUCUACGCCACUUACGUCUACCAUCUUUCCAUCGAACAAAGGUUUCUUUCCCAGUUAGAAGGCCUGGCGUUCCCGCGCUUGCAAUACCUGUCCAUUAACCGAGAGACUGGCAGCUCGAAGGAAUGGUCGCCAUCUCUUCCAUGCCUCGCCCCCUCACUGCUGGAAUUAGCUUUGUGUGGGACUGGUGUUGAGCCUUCUAUACUGGGACUCCUCCCCAAGAGUUGUCCCCUACUAACGAAGCUCACCCUGAAAGAGUUGGGGCCAGGAAUCUCUUCCCAAGACCUUCUGAUCCUGUUGGAAAACAAUCCGCGCGUCCAGGAAUUGCAUCUUCUCUGCCGCACACACAACGUGGUCUGUGACCAGGUAUUGACUUCACUUGCCUUACGACGCAAUUUGAAAACGUUGGAACUGGAUACGUGGAUGACCGUGAGUCACCUCCGGGGGAUCUCAGGCCUGACUCAUCCGCCAUUUCCGGCCGUCGAAUAUUUAGCUAUGCAAAUAGUAUCACCUGCUGUGUCUCAGUUUGUCGAAUCUUUCAGAUCUGCACCUUUGCGCAAAAUGGAAAUAACAGUGCAGUAUUCCGGAGGCAACAGGUCGCCAGGUCAUGCUACUCUGAUGGCCUUGUCACACUUUGUCUUUUUGGAGGUUCUCCAUAUUCGCUUCAGUGGCAAUGGGGUGGUUCUUCGCGACGAGUUGAAGGUGUUUCGUAAUCUGGAAAACCUACGGACCUUGACGCUGGAACCCGACCAAGAUCUUCACCCCGAGAAUGGAGACUUUACGGAUGACGAUGUGGACCAACUGUUGUUGCAUUUGCCGUUACUGGAGAAUUUUAGUCUGUAUUAUCAAUCCAAACAUGUCACCACCAGUAUAUGGCGCAUUAUUGCCGCCCGAUGUCCUAGGCUGAUGCGUUGCGAGGUUCCUGUUGGCUUUGUGCCUGAGUCACAACAAAAACAGGCAUUAUUCCCGCGGCUGGAAACUCUGAUAAUAGAUGGGAUUUAUCCACGAUCAGAAGCUGGGGGAGAAAAGGAAAUAGACCGUGAGGCUACCCGCAUAGUCAAACUCAUCCAGCACCAUUUUCCUCGACUCCGGGAAUUUGAGAACUGGGUGUUCGAUGAUUUCUCGGAGCUGGUGAAUGAGAAGUGGCGGGCGGAGCUGAACGUACUAUGA